UUCUCUUUUAAAAACAAAAAAAAAAGAGAACAAAUGACAAACAUACAACAUUUUCUUCAUCUCCCUCCAAGUCCUACAACCUUCCAAGAACAAUUUUCCUUCACUUUCUAGAGAAAACCAAAUUUACUUUUCCGGAGGAAAACAAAUCAACAUGGGAGAGACAGAAACCAUGAAGACAAACUAAACCUUAGUACUUUCUUUUUUUGAAACACACCUAAACCUUAAUACAUAUAUAUUAUCUAUAUACUAGUAUAUAUUCAUCCAAUGGGCAAUGGAGACAAACUCAUCAGUCACUGGAGCUUCCAUAUUCCACGUCUCCAUUAUCAUCAUAAUCAUAAUCAUAAUCAUCAUGAGCAUGAGCAUGAAAGGGUACCAAAAGGGUGUUUGGCAGUGAAGGUAGGACAAGGAGAAGAGCAAGAGAGAUUUGUGAUUCCCGUUUUGUAUUUUAAUCAUCCUUUGUUUGGACAACUCUUGAAAGAAGCUGAAGAAGAGUUUGGAUUUGCUCAAAAAGGGACAAUCACGAUCCCUUGUCACGUCGAAGAGUUUAGGUACGUUCAAGUAUUGAUCGAUCGAGAAAACUCUAAAUUUCUCGGUGCUUAUAAUACUCUUGGUCAUCAUCACCAUCACCAUCAUCAUAGCCAUCUGAUUCGGUGUUUUAAGGUUUGAUUAUAUAUAUAUACAUAAAUGUCUCAUGUUGUUGUUGUUGUUUUUUUUUUUUUUUUUUUAAAUGUUGUUGUUGACUAUAAAUAAUAAUCGGUCUCCAUAUCUUCUUAUA